AUGUAUCUAAGCUUCUACGGCUUCCUACGUCCAGGAGAAUUCUCAGUUUCUUCUCAGAAGACGAUCUUUCUGAAGAAGAAGCAGCUGUCCUGGAGCCAGGAUCAUCUGGUGUUAAGCCUUCCUUCCACCAAGACGUCCCAAACUGGUCCUCCCAUACAGAUCCGCUUCUUCAAGUCCGAAAACGCCUGGUGUCCGGUGGUGCUGGAUUCGGGACCAGGAACGGUGGAGCGGCCCAGUCCCUCCUUCAGCGGGCGGUCCACUCGGCGGUUUGAUGAGGUCCGGGUUCCUCGGACUGCGCUGGUGGUGGACGAAUACCAGCGCAGGUCCAGAGAAGAUUCGAGCAGCGUGGAAGAAGGUCCCCUUGCGGUGGUGGAGGCUGCGGUCUCGUCCCGGUGUCCGGCCAGUGUGGUGCAGAGGGUCGUGCAAGCGGUCCAGGAGGAGCAGCCGUCGACGUCCAGGAGCUAUGAUGGUGCGGUGUCCGUGCGGCAGGAGUCAGGAUCUACGGCAGCGGGAGUCACAGCGCCCGUGGUGCCUGGUCGAAUGAUGGCGGCGUUGGUGUGGAUUUUGGGGCACUCCUAUGUGUUCUGGGGUGCGAUUAGAGCGGAUGUGAGGCCGAGUGGGCGGCAGUUGGGUGUGAGUCCGGAGUUGGCUACGGUUAGGUGGUUAGGCGUCAGAGGUAUGUUGUGGGGCGGAGUGUUGCGGGAAAUCUCUGUGAAUGGGGGCAUUCUUGUUAAACCCAAAAAUGUAAAAUUAGAUGCCUGUCCUGAAAAACUUGUGUUUCUAGCUGCCUCAGUCCACAUGGAGCAAGAACUGGAACUCCAUGAAAUAAUGUCUUUCAGUGCUCAUCAGCCUUAA